AUGUUCGGAUUCUGGCUUCCCCAUGGCCUCAAUCGCGAUCCCUCCGCCUUCUCCACUCAGCUCCAAAAGACCCUUCGUCGGGCAGCCGAAAUCGAAUCCGCCUUCCAGGAGAUGGAGCCUGUACCGUCCGGCCUUUUGUCCUUGGCCAGCGACCUUGUCUCUCCGCCUUUUGACACGGUCGAAGAGCUCUCUGAUACACGUUCAAACGCGUCUAUCCCCCCGAUCAAAUCUCAACUUGCUAAGAUUGAGCAAUGA